UACGUGUAUGUAUGUGUGUGUAUGUAUGUGUGUAUAUGCCUAUGUGCGUGUGCAUGUAGAUGUGUGUGUGUGUAUAUGUGUGUGUGAUUGUGUGUGUGUGUUUAUGUGUGUAUGUUUGUAUAUAUGUGUGUGUGAUUAUGCGUGUGUGUAUAUGUCUGUGUAUGUGUUUAUACGUGUGUGUGCAUAUGUGUGUGUGUGUGUGCAUAUAGAUGUGUGUAUGUGUGUGUGUGUGCAUAUAGAUGUAUGUGUGUGUGUGUGCAUAUAGAUGUGUGUGUGUGUGUGUGUUUUAUUGACUGAAACUAGUAAAAGAAUAAAGCUCAGGUCUCCUGUAGAUAUUCUAAAAUAACUUUGUCCCCUCCAACCUGCUUCAGCACAGUUUUCCAAAUGAAUUUAGGGGUCUACAAUCUUCCCCUUAAUGUAGGCCCCUAAAUCAAGGCAGGUUUUGUAUGGAGAAUUGUGGUGAUACAGGGAGAAGGGGCAGACUUGUUUUUGAAUAUCCACAAGAUAUCCAAGCUUUUAUUCUUUCACUGGUUUCUAUCAUUGAACUGUGGCUAUGCUGGGGCACCACCUUCACAAGUUUAGUUAAUAACACUGUAAAUAAAUCUUUUGUUACUCUUGUUGUUGUUUUUAUUUAUAGUCUGAUGAUAUUUCAGAAUCACAAUUCAUUCUUCAGAUCUUCUUGGCUGGAGUCUCUGCUAUAAACUGUUUUCCAACAGUUUUCUUUUUUUUUUUGUUUUUAUUGUUGUUGUUGCUGUUGUUGUUGCUGGUGGCGUUGCUGCUGUUGUUGAUGGUGAUGAUGCUACUGUGGUUACUGUUUUUGCUGUCUUUACUGUUGGUGUUGUUGCUGCUGUUGUUGUUGUUGUUGUUGUUGUUGCUGCUGUUGUUGAUGGUGAUGAUGAUGAUGUUGCUGUUGUUGGUGAUGGUGAUGAUGAUGUUGUUGUUGCUGCUGCUGCUGUUGAUGGUGAUGAUGAUGAUGUUGCUGCUGCUGUUGUUGAUGGUGAUGAUGAUGAUGAUGUUGCUGUUGUUGAUGGUGAUGAUGUUGUUGUUGCUGCUGUUGUUGAUGGUGAUGAUGUUGUUGUUGCUGCUGUUGUUGCUGCUGUUGUUGUUGAUGAUGUUGUUGUUGUUGUUCCUGUUACUGUUGCUGCUGCUGUUGUUGUUGGUGGUGGUGCUGUUGCUGUUGUUUUAUUAUUGGUGUCAUAAUUGUUAUACCUACUGUUGUUGUUGUUGUUAUACUUACUAUUAUUGUUCUUGUUGCCACCGAUGUCGUCGUUGUUGUUGUUGUUUACUGGUGACUUUUUGACAUUCUUCCCGUCCCUUUAAUUUCUUCAAUGACAUUAAGAUGUCCGACAGUGUCUCAUUGUAGCUGCCAGCCGAGACGAGAUCGUCCGGGAGGGUGGGGUGGCCCUGUUGAUUUCCGUUCUCCAAGACUGCGGGGACAACGAUGUCCGCUACUAUUGCUUCGGUGCCAUGGGCAACAUUGCAGCCACCCCAGAGAACAGACAGGUACUCUUUGUGGCGGACAAGAAACUUUUGAUGAACUAUUUAUUGGUUCACAAUCUUUCGUCAGAGUCUGAGAAGGUGACAGGACAAUGUCUUUUAACUCUUAGGAAUCUGGCAUCUGAUGCUCUCAACCAGGAGGAAUUAGCCAUGGGUGGAGCAAUUGAGAAAAUCCACAAGAUUAUCCAAUCAACAAAAAGCCAAGAAAUCCUCAGUCUAGCGUUGUGCUGCCUUCGUAACCUCUCAAACUUCGAAGCCAAUCAGGUCAAGUUUGUAUCAGAAGAAUUUCUCUCUGAUCUUGGUAAUAUUCUGCAGGACUCUACCAAUCCUGAUGCUCAACACAGUUCUGCCAGCAUCAUUAGAAACCUUGUUGAUGGAGCAUAUAUGAAGAUAAUAAAACUAAAAUGCCUGGCUAUACUAAUUGGUAUUUUGAUGGUUCCAAAAUGUAACAUCAAUGUUCUGGUUGAAGUAACAGGUUCAGUGUCAAUAUUAGCAGCAGAAGAGGAUGUCCGCUACCAUUUGGCCCAGACUAAGAAUGGUAAAGUGUUUCAAGCGCUGGUCAUGUUAGCUUCCCAGUCAUCAAGCCCUGAACUGCAAUAUAACUGUGCUGGCACUCUCUGCCAAAUUCUUAUAGAAAAUAUCAUCACAGACACCCAGAAAGAGAGAAGUUUACCUUACAUCAUUCAAUAUCUUCAUGAUUUCUUGAGAUCAAACGAUGCCAACUUCAUUCACCUGGCUCUCUGGACAAUCAAAAAGUUAACCAAAGAUGAAUUAUUUCUACGUGCAUUCCAAGACAAGAGGAUAGAACCUGCAGUACAAAACGUCCUCUCUUUAAUGGCAGGAAAGGAAUCUGAAACAAUAGGGAAACUAGUUCCAGAAGUCCUAAGAAGGAUCAGAAUGGAAAAUUUAACAUAAUCUCUCUCGACAGGUAAACAUCACCUCACAUGCACAACAAAAUAAAAGGUAGAAUCAUGGAAUCAGUAAGAUGGUUUUAUAUGAUGGGAUUAUCUACAUACUUUAGAUUAGAUGUAGGUAGGUCGAAUGAAGUAUCAAACAACAACAACAACAACAAUCAUACUCACCUUAGAUGUCUUAACCCCUCAGCAUUCAGAUCACUUUGUCACAUCGAAUGCUUAUUUAUUCACAUUACUUUGGAUUAAUCUUACAUUAUCUCAUAGUUUUGAGACAACGAUGACGUAAUUGUUUAUCUGUAGAAUGACAUUGUAGGGUAGAUGUAAGAGGCCAGAUCUGGCUGAUGUGACUAGUUUAAUUACCGAAGGGUUAAAACAGAUCAAUACUGUUGUUCUUGAUUGAAUUUACAAUAAUAUGAUAUCCCAUGAAUUAAAGGAUUGAUCAGAUUAUCACCAAUAGCAUGUUACAUCAUACAAUGGAAAAAAUAAUCAUAGAUCAAUGCCAGUUAUGUCAUUAGAUUGAUUCUUUUCCUCAUUAAAUAUUGUACUUACUUUGGUCAUUCAUAUAAUAUGCAUUAAUGCUAACACAUCAUAAGAUAUAUCAUUGCUGUAUGUCUUAAGACAUAAAAAUCCUUCUUAUUGAUCCUCAUCAUCAUUAAGUAUUGUCUUAAGAUAGGUCAUAUAUAAUAUGCAUCAUAUUAAUGCUGACAUAUCGUCAUAAGAUAUAUCAUUGCUAUUACUUUGUGUAUGUCUCCAGACAUAAACAGUACCUUAUGUCAUAAACAGGAGCCGUACAUCUCAGAUUUACCUGCAACAUAGCCACUACCUGUCAUAAGACAUAGAUUAACAAUGAGCCAUGAACAAUGUGCUACGUCAUUUAAUGGAUCCAUUAUCCACCACCAGAUAUUCCAUAUAAACAUAUAUCAUCCCAAGAUGGAUCAGUAUCAUGUAUAACGUCAUAUGGAUCAACUACGACAGCUGUUUCAGCUCCUGCCAAAGGGAUACCUUUAAAACCUAAACAUCACAGACAUCACAGAGAUCCUGUGUUGGAUUAAAAUGCAUUCUUCCAAAUGUCCCAAGAAAUUCUGAAUUCAAACAGGAUCCACAGACCUUUGAUGUCACAUGUAAUUUAUCACUGAACUCUCAACAUGUUACUAAAACAAUUAAAGUCCUGAACUACAAAAAAUUGUCCCUACAAGCAUUAUCCACAUCUUAAGAAAAACAUUGUCAACCUGAGAAUAUCUGAUACUUUUGAAAACCCUUUCAAAAUUACAAAUAUUACAACAAACUAUUAACAGAAUUUUAAUUCCCCUUUCUCUGAAAUAUAUCAUGGCUAAUCCUAAGCAGCACCUGAAGGAAAACACCCAGUUUGUUGUUACUUAAGGUCUGUGGGUGAAACUUGGAACAGCUCAUAUGAAGAAAAAAAAAGCUGCAAAAACAACAGCAACAAUAACACUGUAACAAAAUUUUAAUUUUGUUUUGUUUUUGGUCAGUAAGUGUUGUUUUAUUUGUUUCUAUCUAAAAAUCAAAAGAAAUUACUACUAUUCCCUUCAAACUUUGCUUUUGUGACUUGGACAUCAAGGUUUUGUAACUGACCUAUUUCCCGCCCCACCACCCAUUACAUCUCAGACAGAUUCUGUGCUGAGUUGCUGAAGCAGAAAAUAUCAUUAUAGCAAAUAUUCUGUUCAAUACUACAGGUUUGCUUGUCAGUUACUUGACCUUAACAACGUGCGCUUCUCCGUUUGGGGCUGACAAUAUGCGCUUCUCUGAUCAUGAGCAAAAGUAGUGGAGGAGCAUCAUAGCCAUGUGUUGAGAGGGAUUCUUUGGGGUUUGAAUAAAUAUCAUAACAAAAGCAAAGUCUGAAGGAAAUGUUAACCAUUUUUCAUACUCUCUAGAGAUAAGCAAACAGGAAAUAACAGUUGUUAGCCUCGUAUUAUACAGUAUAAUAACAAUAAUAAUAAUAAUCCUGGAAUGGAACAGCAGAAAAUUCCUUUAAAACUUUGAUACCAUACUCAUUUUAAGAUGGAUCCAGAUGAGAUCCUUAAAAAUCCCUCACACCACAAUCAAAAUAUUUUGUGAUCAUCGGCAUGUCGAGCUUGCUCGGACAUUUUUAGCCCGCACUCGCCAUGCAGUGAACAAUUAUUCUGUUAAUAACAGUAUUUGAAGGUAUGUAAGCUGCAAUUUUUGUUUUUAAAGUUUCUAUAAUGUCACCCCUGGUCCUAUAUGCGAAGUCGGGCCUCCUACACGUUUUAUCCCCGACGCUCACUUUUUCUUUGAAUAUGCACAGCUAAAAUUAGAGUGUAUCUAAUAUAUCCAUGUGUUUUUAUGCCAUCAAAUACGGUAUUAUUUUACAUUUUCUAAACGAUUCUUACAGCAAUACUUCGGUGAGUACGAUAAAGUUUAUGCUUUAGUCUAACAAGAGUUGUCUCCCAUACUUACUCAUAAUAACGAGAGUUGUCUCCCGUACUUACUCGAAAUAACAAGAGUUGUCUCCCGUACCUACUCGGAAUAACAAGAGUUAUCUCCUGUACUUACUCGAAAUAACAAGAGUUGUCUCCCGUACUUACUCAAAAUAACAAAAGUUUGUUUCUUGUCUAUGGUUUUCCUUACUACGUAAUUUUUUCUAAUAAUCAGAUUUACAGCAAAGUAUUUUAAAACGCUAACAUAAAACUAGGUUGUAAUCAGCAGCGUAGCAGGAGUUUAUGACGCUUAGAGCACAUUGAGUUUCGGCUCCAACUCUGGGUCCCCUAGUUUAUACAGGGCUUAAACAGUUCACUACACUCCCGGUUUUAUUACUAUUUUUUUUUCACCCCUAUUUUAUUUUUUUAUUUUAUUUCUUACCAUAGAAACCUGUAUCAUUCCAUCUUCGACAUUUUUAGUUAGGUUUCUCAUAUCCUGGGGCUAAAAUUAACAGAUGGUAGAAUGGAAGGUAAAGGAGAGAGAGAGAUUUGGUUUCUAAUCCAAGCUCCAACUGCUUUUACUUGUAUAUUAAUUACAUAGUAAUUUCUAAGAUCCACUCUGAUCCAGAGUUGUAGCACUCCUCAUGAUCCCAGCUAUGGGUUUAUUAUUGUAUUCUAAAAAUACAAUAACUGAAUCUUCAGUUGUUAUUUUUUUUAAAUAUCUCAAGUGACCAUAAUUUCAUAAUGGAACCAAUAAUAAUUUUUAUCACAAUUAUAACCAUAAUUUUGUAAUUUCUCACAAGCAUAUGUACAGCUUUUAUAAUCAUGUGACCUAUUCUGUGAUCCUUGGAUGGAUCAAGCAGAAUCUGCUCUAUUGCAAACACUCAGACUCGGUCUGGGAUUUAAAAGGGUAAAGGGCCCCU